UCACAGGCGGGGGAAUAGUUCCCCCUUUGCAAGAGCCCUUGAGAACAUGAGUCAACACUGAGAAAAGGGGGAUGUGAAAGGACCAGGGACAGACCCCAUGCCAGACACUGCUCAGGCUCACCCGGAAGGCUUCGCUCCCAUUUUCCAAGUGAUAAUUCCAGCAAAACUCCUGGAGAUCCCAUUGCAGGGACAGCAGCUGGCGAGUGUGAGGUGAUGUGAGACUGCAGCGCGUCUGCUCCAGUGGAAUUCUUCAGGCUGCGAGAGGAAAGAAGGUCAGACUCUUCUGGCUGUGUGAGGGGAAGGAGAAGCAGCAGAGGUGUCACAAUGGAUACAUCCUCUGCCACGGAAAGAGCCAGCCCCGCUUGCUGGAGCCAAUCCAGUGGGAUGGCAUCUAACAGGAGCUGGAGUGAGGACAACUCCUACAACUGGACCGACUGUGAAAGCAGCCACUUGAGCAAAAUCCCUGUCACACUCCUCAUCUGCCUCUGUGGGAUGGUUGGGAAUGGGGCUGUCCUCUGGCUCCUCAGCUUCCACAUCCACAGGAACCCUGUCACCAUCUUCAUCCUCAACCUGGCCAUCGCUGGCUUCACCUUCCUCCUCUCCAUCACCAUCACCCUGGGGAUAUUUUAUGUCCCAGAGAGCCUCUGUCAUGAGCUGGGCUCACAGGGAGUGACAACUGUGCUGAACAUCAUCAUCCUGUUUGCCUUCACUGCCAGUGUCUACCUGCUGACAGCCUUCAGUGCUGUGACAGCUCUGUCUGUCCUCCCCAUGUCCCACUGUCCCUGCCACCACUCCCGGCGCUUCCCAGUGCUCCUGUGUGCCCUGCUCUGGGUCCUCUCCUUCCUGCUCACCAUGACCCUCUACUCCCACCCUUCAGCGCUCAUCACCUUUGUCCUGAGCUACCUCUUAUCGGUGCUCACCCUGAUCUGCUCUGGUCUAACCCUGCUUGUUUUCCUAUGCUGCUCAUGGAAACAUCCUCCAAGGAAGCUCUGUGCUGUGGUCCUUCUGGCUGUCAUCUUCUUCCCCUUCUUCACUGCUGAUUUUGGGUACUGGCUCUUGCUCAGGGUGUUUGAUUUUUCUGUCUUUGUCCUCAGCGCCUCCCUCCCGCUCGUCUGUGCCAACAGCAGCGUCCACCCUCUUAUUUACUUCUUGGCUGGGAGCUGUGAAAAGAAGUUCACACUCUCUGUUAGUGCUGCCUUCCAGAGGACUUUUGAAGAUGUGUCAGAGCCUCAAAAUAGAGACAACACAGUGGAAUCAUCAUAAAAUGGAAUCAUCAUAAAAUGAAAUCAUAAUAAAAUAGAAUCAUAAAAUAUCCUGGG